AUUUCGUUCGUUUUAACGCAGGGAGCGGCAUAAGGCAUAACGCCUAUAGCGGCUAAGAAAGUUUUGGUUGUGCGUUGUGGUGUAACGAUUAGUGAAAUGGCAUCUUAUGAAUUCAUUACGUUAUUACUGUGCUUAACAACGAAAGCAUGGGGGCAACGGACACCGACAAUCUCUCACAUAACUCAAGAGCAAAUCAGGGACAUUGGCAGCCAGGUGGAAUUAGAAUGCUCCGUUCACUACGCACAAGAAUAUCCUGUGCUAUGGUUAAGAUUCGACCGGAUAAAGACCACCGAAGCUCUGCCUCUGUCAUACAACUCCGGUCUGAUCAUCCGAGACUCUAGGUUCUCGCUGCGGUAUGAUGCGGCCUCUGCCACUUACACUUUAUCGGUCAAAGAUAUCCAAGAGACGGACGCCGGCUGGUACCAGUGCCAGGUCAUCAUUUCAGCCUCGAACAAGAUCACAGCGGAAGUGGAACUGCAGGUCCGAACACCGCCCAUCAUCUCUGACAAUUCCACAAGGAAUCUCGUCGCUAGCGAAGGGGAAAGUGCUCUGAUGGAAUGUUACGCCGGUGGGUUCCCGCCAGCGAAGGUCUCGUGGCGUCGCGAGAACAACGCCAUCUUGCCGACCGGCGGAUCGAUUUACAGAGGCAACACGUUCAAAAUCGCCGCCGUACAUAAAGAAGACCGCGGCACUUACUACUGUGUGGCAGAAAACGGCGUCGGCAAGGGCGCUCGUCGUAAUAUCAACUUGGAGAUCGAGUUUGCGCCCGUCAUCACCGUCCCGAGGCCCAGGCUUGGACAGGCUCUGCAAUACGAUAUGGAUUUGGAGUGCCACGUGGAGGCGUAUCCUCCCCCCGCCAUCGUUUGGCUCAAAGGAGAGUUCCAGAUUGCCAACAACCAGCACUACAGCAUCUCCCACUUCGCGACCGCCGACGAGUUCACCGACACGACACUCCGCGUCAUCACCAUAGAGAAGCGGCAGUACGGCAUGUUCACCUGCAAGGCCACCAACAAGCUGGGCACGGACGAGGGGCAUGUCGAAUUAUUCGAAACCAUAAUCCCGGUGUGCCCGCCCGCCUGCGGGCAGACGCGGUACGGCGGCGGCGCCGCCUCGCUCGCUCCUUCAGCGCUGCUCAUGUGUGGAUUAUAUGCUACGCACGUUUUAAGGAGAAUCGCCAAUCCCAGAUAUUAACUAUCCGGGCCUGCGUCCGGAUCCGCUCUACUACGGCAGAUACAGCAGAGCGACGAACAUACACACAAACAUACACAUAUCGUUAGUACUGUUCUAUUUGUUUAAAAUGGCAGCUAAGUUUAUACUUUAAUACAGUGGUUCUCGCAAACAAUAACUGUUUGUUUUAAAGUUAAGGGUCAAAUUUCAGAAAAGGUCACUUCAGUGGACAAGUAAUAAAAAGUUAACCCGGGUACAUAUACCGCUGACAACAUGGGUGGGUCAGCGGAGAUUCCUCAGGCGGGUCAAUGUACAGAAUUAUUCGUGGUCAGCGUCCUUACUUUAGAGCUUUCGAGCGUCAAUAUUGUCCUUUUGUGUACCCCAUUUUCGCAGAAAUGACAAAUGAUAACAUUAAAUCUUGUGUGUGACCCAAAUCUUAGGGCGGGUACAGAAAAAUAAAUUGUGACCUUUUGUGUACCCCAUUUUCACAAAAUAGACAAAUGAUAACAUUAAAUCUUGUGUGUGACCCAAAUCUUAGGGCCGGUACAGAAAAAUAAUAUGUGGCCUUUUGUGUACCCCAUUUUCACAACUUUAUACAGAAAAGACAAAUGAUAACAUUAAAUCUUGUGUGACCUAAAUUUUAGGGUUUAUACAGAAAAAAAAUGUGGCCUUUUGUGUACCCCAUUUUCACAACUUUUCAAAGAAAAGAAAUUAUAAUUAAAUCUUGUGUGUGACCCUAAUCUUAGGGCCGGUACAGACGGAAACUUGUAUGCAGUUCCCAUACAAAUUGCAGCUGGGUUGCAGUCCGCCUGUAUCGGCCCUUAGUCCCUAAAGUGUAGGAAUGUAUUAAUAUUAAUUAUUUGUUAUAGUAACUCAAAUGCAAUAAGAAUCGCUAUAUUAUUAAGGAUAACGAAACAUCACAAUUGGUAGAUAAUUUAAAUUUAAUAAUAAACACAUGAUCGUGAAAAAAACAAUAAUAUACCAAAUGCAGAGGUUUUAUCUAUGGACCAAGUAGUCUGCAGUAAAAUAUUCUAACCGGCCGAAGUGCUCAAAAUAAUCUUAGCAGACCUUUCUUAAGGAAAACCGUGUAGAGAUAAAUUUGGACACCUCGUCUGUUUAAGCAGAUCGUUUUUAAAAGUGGCACCAGCAAAAAAAAAUACUGUCAAUUUCAGUGUCAUAAGUGUGUUGUCAUUUUGACAAAUGUCAAAUGCCGUUUUAAGUGUCUUAUAUUUGCGUAUUGCACUAAAACACCAAUAACUGUGCCAUUUACAAAGAAGUUAAUGUAAAAUUAUUAAAUUAUCUGCUUCCUAUUCUAUGGCAAAAAGUAGACUAAUUCUUAAGCUUUUUUGAAGAACGAAAACGAAAAAUCUUAGUUUUUACUACUACUUAGUAGUAAAAAAUACGUAAAACAGAAUUUCGGUAUGACUUGUAUUUCUUUUGUAUUACAUAUACAACUCUAGAUUUAAUAAUGGUUGUGUUUUUGUAUUUGUACUGAACAGUGAUCACAAAUUUAUAAAAAUAAUUAAUUUCAGUCAUAAAUCUUCAUAAAAGUUCAAAACACAUGUGACGUCCCACAGGUAAAGGUACCUUACGGCGGUUGGCACUUACGCUAUUAUUAAAGACGCUCCAAUACUAAUGCGGUGCUGCGUGACGUAAGCGCCGACCGCCAUUAGGUACCUUACACCCCAUGUUAGGCCUUUUGUUCACAUGGUAAUUGACUAUUACAUGAAUUACUUGACAACUCAAUGUUGUCAGUUGACAAUUGUCAUUUGACACCAUUUGGUUUUAUUUUUGUACUAUUAGAGCAACACCACACUAGCGUCUCCCGAGCGUUGGAGUCUAGUCACAGAAUAAAUUAUAAUUUACAUCUGUACUGUACCAUGGUUGCAAUAAAGAAUUAUGAAUUAUCUGUUAAACAAAAGCCAUUGUCUCUUUUGAGCGAGCGAUCGGCCUUUGUGUCCCAUUGUGUGUGAGCGCCGCACGUGCCGUGGCACGCGCCAUCACACAAUGGCACUCAAAGGCCGACCCACAAUAAAAAUAAUGCACAAAAGAGACAAUGGCUUUUGUUUAACAGAUAACCGUCUUAAACGUAGAAAUCAUUUGAAAAUAUGAAGUGUAUACUAAUAAUAGUACAGAAGGUUUACAAAAAUAAAUCUUCUUUGGCAGCCAGUUAUGAAAACGGACCAAAGGAACAAAACGCGUCUAUUACGACAAAUAUGACCGCAAGGUGGCGCAGCUGCGCGGCGACGCUAUUUGCUAUAGCGCUGACUAUACGGCGACGCUCAAAACACGCUAGUGUGUGGUGGCCCUUAAGUCUAGUUGACUUGCCUAUAGCACUUUAGUAACAUGUAGUAUACACGCAUUUAUAUAAAAGCUUAUAGUAGAUACACGUACCUCUUAAUAAUGUUUAGUAAAGUCCGACCAAGCUAACUCUGCACAAACUGACAGCCGUGUUUGGCAGUGAUACCAUAAAUACGAAAUUUCUGAUAACACCAAACUUGCCUUAUACACGGACAGAUGUAUAGUGCGACAUAAAAUAGUAGAAAAUAAAUAAAAUCCAUGCUAAAUUGUUGCCAUGUGCGUUUUACGCCAAAAAUGUGACAGUUACGUAGGAAGUGGCGCCCUCAAUAAUUUUCUACAAUUUCUUGUCGGACUGUAGCUUAGUCGGGCUCUGAAGAACUUUUCAGGAUUUCAAAAUGAAAGUUAAAUAAUAUGAUAUAAUGACGGCCUUAAGUACUAUUUUUAUACUAUAAUAUGAAAGUAAAAAAGUCAUAGCGUGUGUCAAUGUAGUAAAAGAUUUCACAGAUCACCUGCUUUUUUUAAUAAUUUAAAAGCCAGCUUUAAAAUCGCAACGGCGGAUAAAAUGUGACGUUCCCCGAAGAAAGGUACCUUAUGGCGGUUCGCGCUUACGCUAUUAUACACGACGCUCCAAUACUAAUGCGGUAUGCCACGUGACAUAAGCGCCCCUUGACAUAAGCGUGACUUUUUUCGUCGAACGUCACAAAUGAUUUUUUUAUAACACUACUAUAGUAUAAAAAGAAUUUUAGGCAAGAAUACUUGAUAAGAUACAUCGAUGUAUUAGGAAUAAUGAAUAAUUCUAAAGAAUGUUCUCUAAAAUUAUUAAUUAUACUUAUUGAUUUAGUAGAAGUAAUAAGUGAAUUGUAGUUUUUGUACAACUGAGGGAAAUAUUCAAUUAUUGUUCAGUAAGAAAGUAUGUGAUUUUUGUACUACCAAAAUUAUUUUUUAACUUGUAUUUAGUAUUUUUUGCCACAUAUUUUGCGUAUAGAAUAAUUAAUCUUGAUAUGACAUAGGUACCGAUUCUUCCAAAAUACCAUUCCUGUUUUGAUUUAUAAAAUAAAUUCAAACAUUGCUCUUUAUGUAUUGUAUAUUUCGUAAUUUAGAUUUUUAAGAUGAGGGAGAUUCUCGAUUUUGUAUUAUUUUUAGAAAAGAUGUAACUAAAAGCUUUAGAUUUACAUAAUUUUGACUGUAUUUUGAUUGAUUCCAUCCAAU